GUCAGCAACGGGCCGUGAGGCGGCGGCGAAGGGGGCGGAGGAAGAGCGCGGCUGGACGCGGUCCCGCACCGCGCGUACGCAGGGCCGCGGGGGUUCUUUCGCGCCGACGGGAGUAGCAACUGCGUCUGCAGCCGCGGCAGCAGGUUUGGGUGAAGGGCUCGCCAGACGCAGCGCCGCUAGCCCCGGGGACACGAGAGCACCAGUCAUUGGCAUCAUGAACUGGAAUAAAGGCGGCCCUGGAACCAAGCGGGGAUUUGGUUUUGGAGGUUUUGCUAUCAGUGCUGGGAAGAAGGAGGAAGCCAAACUGCCACAGCAGUCCCACAGUGCCUUUGGGGCAGCCAGCUCUUCUUCUGGAUUUGGAAAGUCUGCUCCACCACAGCUUCCUUCUUUCUACAAAAUCGGAUCGAAACGGGCCAACUUUGAUGAAGAAAAUGCGUAUUUUGAAGAUGAAGAAGAAGACUCCAGCAACGUAGAUUUACCUUACAUUCCUGCUGAAAACUCACCUACCCGCCAGCAGUUUCAUUCCAAGCCAGCAGACUCUGACAGUGAUGAUGACCCCUUAGAGGCAUUCAUGGCUGAAGUGGAGGAUCAGGCUGCUAGAGACAUGAAGAGACUUGAAGAAAAGGACAAGGAAAGAAAAAACGUCAAGGGUAUUCGAGAUGACAUUGAAGAGGAAGAUGACCAAGAAGCUUAUUUUCGAUACAUGGCAGAGAACCCAACUGCUGGGGUGGUUCAGGAGGAAGAGGAGGACAAUCUGGAGUAUGACAGUGAUGGAAAUCCAAUCGCACCUUCCAAAAAAAUUAUCGAUCCCCUUCCUCCCAUUGAUCAUUCGGAGAUUGACUAUCCACCAUUUGAAAAAAAUUUUUACAAUGAACAUGAAGAGAUAACCAACCUCACUCCACAGCAGUUAAUAGACCUGAGGCAUAAACUCAACCUUCGGGUCUCUGGUGCUGCACCUCCCAGACCAGGAAGUAGUUUUGCUCAUUUUGGGUUUGAUGAACAACUUAUGCACCAGAUUAGGAAAUCUGAGUACACACAGCCGACCCCAAUACAGUGUCAGGGUGUACCUGUAGCACUAAGUGGGAGAGACAUGAUUGGUAUUGCUAAAACAGGCAGUGGGAAAACUGCAGCCUUUAUUUGGCCCAUGUUGAUUCAUAUAAUGGAUCAGAAGGAAUUGGAACCAGGUGAUGGACCAAUUGCAGUUAUUGUGUGUCCUACUAGGGAACUUUGUCAACAGAUCCACGCAGAAUGUAAGCGGUUUGGGAAAGCGUAUAAUCUUCGAUCAGUGGCCGUGUAUGGAGGAGGGAGCAUGUGGGAGCAGGCCAAGGCCCUUCAGGAAGGGGCCGAGAUUGUUGUGUGUACCCCAGGUCGACUGAUUGAUCAUGUGAAGAAAAAAGCUACUAAUCUUCAAAGAGUCUCUUACCUUGUGUUUGAUGAAGCUGAUCGAAUGUUUGACAUGGGGUUUGAGUAUCAGGUUCGGUCCAUAGCAAGUCAUGUUCGUCCUGACAGACAAACUCUCUUAUUCAGUGCAACUUUUCGAAAAAAGAUUGAAAAGUUGGCCAGAGACAUCUUGAUUGACCCUAUUCGAGUGGUGCAGGGAGACAUUGGAGAGGCAAAUGAAGAUGUGACCCAGAUUGUGGAGAUUCUCCAUUCUGGACCCAGUAAAUGGAACUGGCUUACUCGGCGUCUGGUAGAGUUUACUUCCUCAGGGAGUGUACUCUUGUUUGUUACUAAGAAAGCCAAUGCUGAAGAACUAGCCAAUAACCUUAAGCAGGAGGGUCAUAAUCUUGGUCUGCUCCAUGGGGACAUGGAUCAGAGUGAAAGAAACAAGGUUAUUUCAGAUUUUAAGAAAAAGGACAUCCCCGUCCUGGUGGCCACUGACGUUGCAGCCCGUGGUCUGGAUAUUCCUUCAAUUAAGACAGUCAUUAACUAUGAUGUAGCACGAGACAUUGAUACCCAUACUCAUAGGAUUGGCCGAACAGGAAGAGCUGGUGAGAAGGGUGUAGCCUAUACCUUACUGACUCCAAAGGACAGCAAUUUUGCUGGUGACCUUGUACGGAACCUGGAAGGAGCCAACCAACAUGUUUCUAAAGAACUCUUAGAUCUCGCAAUGCAGAAUGCCUGGUUUCGGAAAUCUCGCUUCAAAGGAGGGAAAGGCAAAAAGCUGAACAUUGGUGGAGGAGGCUUGGGCUAUAGAGAGCGGCCUGGGCUAGGCUCUGAGAAUUCGGACCGAGGAAAUAACAACAAUGUAAUGAGCAAUUAUGAAGCCUACAAACCCUCUACAGGAGCCAUGGGAGAUAGGCUCACAGCAAUGAAAGCAGCUUUUCAG